AUUGCUAACCAAAAGUGCAAUCCAAAGCAGGCUUGGAAAACUAUUAAUAGUUUGAUCGGAAAGGGUAAGAAACCCACGAUUAUAAAUGAACUAAUUAUUAAUGAAUCUAAAUUAACAAAUCCUACAGAGAUUGCAGAAGGGUUAAAUGAAUUCUUUGCAAAUGUUGGACCAAACUUGGCAAGCAAGUUGGAUGAAUCUAGCUGUGACUUUCAAAA